CCAUGACCUUUGUAUUACAUCUACAAUUAGUUGUUAAUUAUUACCAAUGUGUCUGUCCCCUUUCCAAUUAAGUCCCAAACCCUAGCUAGCUAGCAUAGCACCAGCACUCUCCGAGGUGUAACUAUGGAACUUGCCUUGAACAUUUUGUGCCCUCACUCCUUCCCCUUGCAUGAGGUCCUCAACAAUGACCUUGCCAUAAGAAGGUUUUGCCCUGCAAGAAUGGAGCAAGAACAACAACAACAACAACAUGGCUCGGCGCCGUCGCCCAUCCAGUACGGUUGGGAGGAUGAGACCGAGGCACUCCUCGAGACUGAUCAACAUUCGCCUUCCGCUUCCGAGGUGGACCAAUUUGUUGACAGCUUCUUUAUUACCGACCACGAGGAUGUUGACCACUUCUCGGAGGUUGUCCCCUUCCAGCCCGAUGAUCACAGGUUUGAAGACAGGGAUAUCGGGAGCUUGGUUGGAGAUUAUGACAAUGGGUACGGAGAUGUGAUGAUCGAUGUCGAUAGGGACAUCCAGUUUAUGGGCGGUGAGGGAUUGGGCGAACAGGAUAAAUUCAUGAGUGGCUCCCCAAUCGAUCAAGACGAUCCGGUGGUGGCCCAGGAGACAGCAUUGGCCAGUCCACUAGAAGGGUCCGGUGGCCACGGAGUGGACCAGGGCUUGCACCUCGUCCACCUUCUUCUGGCCUGCGCAGAGGCGGUGGGAUGUCGAGAUACCCAACUGGCCGAGUCCAUGCUGGCCAAGAUCUGGCCGUGCGUCAGUUCCUUCGGGGACUCACUCCAGCGAGUCUCCUACUGCUUCGCCGUGGGACUGAAAUCGAGACUCUCCCUUCUUCAGAGCAAUGGCAAUUAUGGAAAUGGUACUGGUAUGCUCACACCACACGGACGAGGAGCAUUAACCGAUUCAGAUCCGAGGCCUUUCUCUAGGGAGGAAAAGGUGGAGGCUUUCCAGCUACUUCACCAGGCGACCCCUUACCUUGCAUUCGGUUAUUUGGCUGCGAACGAGGCGAUAUGCCAAGCCUCUCAUGGACAUGAUCGCAUGCACAUCAUCGAUCUCGGCAUGGAGCACACCCUCCAGUGGGCUUCUUUAUUCCGGGCCCUGGCAUCUAGACCAGAUGGACCCCCAAAAUCAAUUCGAAUUACAGCCAUAACCAGUGGUAGCGAUAGCCUGGAUGACCUGUCUCAUCUUGAGACCAGCCUGAAGGCCUUGGCAGACGAGGCGAUGUCGGUCGGGAUCUACCUGCAAUUCCAGGUGAUCACAGACCCGCCGAGCCCUUUGCUCUUCUCGAGGGAGAGCCUCAACCUGCGUGAAGGGGAGACCCUAUUCGUGAACAGCAUCAUGAAGCUGCACCAGUACGUGAAGGAGAGCCGUGGCUCGCUGAAGGCAAUCCUGCAGGCAAUCAGGAGGCUGGGCCCGACCCUCCUCACCGUGGUUGAGCAGGACGCGAACCACAACGGGCCGUUCUUCCUAGGCCGGUUCCUCGAGUCGCUUCAUUACUACUCAGCUGUCUUUGACUCCCUAGAGGCAAGUCUCCCGAGGGGGAGCCCUCAGAGGAUGAGGAUCGAGCGGGUUUACUAUGCGGAGGAGAUCCGGAACAUCGUGGCAUGUGAAGGGGCGGAGAGGAUGGAGCGGCACGAGAGGGCUGACCAGUGGCGGAGGCAAUUGGGCAGGGCAGGAUUCCAGGCGGCAGGGCUCAAGUGUAUGAGCCGUGCGAGGAUGAUGCUGUCGGUUUAUGGAUGCGACGGGUACUCGCUGGCCUACGAGAAGGGCUGCCUCCUGCUCGGAUGGAAGGGCAGGCCGAUCAUGCUGGCUUCUGCUUGGCAGGUGCCUGCCAAUAAUCACGCCCCUUCUUCCUCCUCGUCUCCCUUGUAAUUUAACCGGACAAUCCUCUUCCACCUCUCUGCAAUCUGCAUGCCGGUGAUCGGACUCGUUUUGAUCGUGCCCAAUCUUAUGAAGACGUUGAAUCAGCAUGCAUUUCUGGUUUUCAUACAUCUAGAGUAAUUUGAUUAUGUAAUGUUUGUUGCCUUUCCUAGGGUUUGUUGUCCGGAACAUUGACAUAAUUCGCUGACAAAUCUUGUUGUGGAGCCAAAUCUAAUAAUUUCAUGUACAUUUUGUUGCCCACGUCAGUCUAAUAAGUCCAAGUUAGCUAGCGUUUC